GCAAAUUAGCAUUGUUUACCAAAUCUAGCAACCUACUAAAUUCAGUCCAAUUGGAAAUCCACAAAGGGGCAGAGCCAUCACAAACCACUAGUGAGUUUUCAUGUUCUGGUGGUUAAAGGCAGGUACCAAGACACUGGAGGACACAUUCAAACACAAUAUCCCAGGAAUAAUUUGUUGGCAUGUGUGGAAGGUGUAUUCUAAUCAUCUAUGGGGGAAGGGUAACUGUCCUACUACUUCUGGCCAUCUGCUUGCUCAAAUUAAGACAUAUGUUCAGCAAUGGAUUUACUCCUUGAAUAAUUUGAGAUUAGCAAAGAUGGGUGAAUUAUUAGUAGAGGAGGAACUGAUUCCAAAGGGCUUUCGAUUAUCGGGCAGAAGAUUUCAUCUAAUUAAAUGGUGUAAGCCUAAUAGAGGGUUAAAGUUAAAUACUGAUGCUUCUUACCAUGGGAGUCAGGCGACCGGAGGAGCUAUCAUGCGCAAUAACUGUGGGAAGAUGAUGUUUGGCAUCUGCUUCCCAGUUGCCGCCUCUUCUCCAUUGGAAGCCGAGCUGAAGACGUUGCUUCUUGCUAUUAGUUGGGCGAUUCGAGCAGGUUAUGAAAAUUUUCAGGUGGAAUCGGAUUCGUCGAGUGCUAUCUCACUAUUGUUGGAUGAGGAUGCUAGAAGAUGGCGAAAUGAGAUUCAGGAAACCAGGCUAAGCGUACAACACAAAAAUGUCUCCUUCCGACAUGUUAUGCGUGAGGGUAAUUGGGCUGCCCAUUUCCUUGCUGCUAGUGGGUCGGCCCAAUUACAGAUUUUUUAUAAUACUAUGGACUUACCUAUUCGGGCUAAAAGGGCUUAUCUCAUGGACUUCUUUGGUCUUCCUUCUUU